AUGGACUCUGCCUCAUAUGAGAAGUCACAAGCUCCUCGUGAGCUCAAGAUCAAAUGGCCUAAGCUUGGUGCAACAAUCACAGUGAAGAUGAACAAUUUGAACCCGUCGCUGGUCAGGCUUCUUGGAACGGUACUUCCAUACUAUUCCCUCCAGACACACGCUGUUGUCGCCGGGGAUCAGCUGUACCACCUAGUUCCGCUGGAGCAGUUGAUUUACACACCUGCCGACUAUAAGGCUCCUGAUCGAGCUAAGGAGCCUGAUGGCUCGGUAUUUCUUUCGUCAUUCCAACAUCUAGUCAUAAAGUAUGGCAACGUUACUGAGCAUCAACCUGUGGCCACAUGUGGGAAAGUUAUCGACGAAGAUCUUAAGACGCUCCACUUUGUUGCAAAUCAAGUCUGGAAACGACAAUGCGAAGCAAAAGAGCCCAUUGAGGUGGUCGUUUGGGACGCCUCAAAGCCGGAACCCGAUUUUAAAGACAUGUCGCUAUCGCCCUCCCGAAGGACUGGGGUAAGCAAAGAAGUAAGAAAUUUUGUGGAGAAAAUCUAUAAAGAGACCGAGACGUCUUGGUCAAGUAUUUCGAAGGAAAUCGAAAAGCUCCAUCAUGGCGAAGCCCCAGAAAAGCCGGGAUCGAAAGAUUCUUAUUUCGGCGCUAUGGUCUUCUCGAACAGCGUGGUUCGGACGCUGGGCUAUCACAUCCUAGACAAUAUUCUCAAAAUCGCUGCUACGCGCCCUGAGUUUACCCUUCCACACCUGAUUAUACUCUUCCGAGAGCUUAUACCGCCAAUAUCCGAGUUCACUGGUCACCUGGGCAUUGAAUUCUUGCGUGAUAGCUACUCGCAGGCUGAUAUACUCAUCAAGGAAAACAUAGAGUGCAACCCCAAUCAUAAGGAAGCUCGCGAAGACUUUCUUGCUAUUGUAAGCGCUUUGGGGUUCUAUGUUAAUCUUCUCAACGCCCAGAAUCUCCAUAUGUUUCCAUGGAAGCAUGCAAGUGAAUAUCAAAUCCGGUAA